AGUUGAACAUAAUGAAACACCUGGAAUCGUAUUGAAACAACAAGAAGUGAGCGCAAAGAAAUCAAUCGAUUUGCGUAAGCUCGUUAUAAAAACAUUGGAUAUUGUAUACCCGCGAACAAUGAAACGAGGUCAGACCAAAGGCAAGCGGGAUAAUAUCCGUAAAACUUCACAAAAUGAUAGUAAAAAAGGAAAGGAGCAAAGCACUAAAAAAACCAAGUUUUAUGAGCUUAUAGCUCGACAAAAGCAAAUAAAAAACAUAAAACUUGAAAAGAAAAAGGCAAUAGAGAAAAAACGAGAAGAGCGUCUGCACAAUCGUAAAGAACGCAACAUAUCAAUGCAAAAGUUGACUAGAAAAGGACAACCCGUCAUGAAACACCGCAUUAAACUACUCCUUAAACAGCUGUGUCCAGGAGAUGCAUAAAUAAAUUUUGUUGAUACCAUUUAGUCUCUCUUAUCCGUAAUGUCUAAUUUUGGGUGCAGAUAACGUAAUGGAGGCUUGUCUUACUAGGUAAGGAUUGAUUCUUCAGAAACAUACUGAAACAACAAAAUUUGCUCUGCGAUACGUUAAAAGUAAUUAUGUUUACCAACAGGUGAACAUAACUAGAUUAUCUUCAAGCCCUUAGGCAGCGUAUUUACAUUUCCCACUAAAUUUCGGCCUGUAAAGUGUCAGUUGUUAUUAGACAAGAAAAUGAAAAUUUAUGUUUUUUCGUGGCACGAAGCCGAUUACGUAUGAAUCAAGAAUUUGAAAACUUAUUCAGUCAGAAACAAAGUAGAACUUCUUACCACAGAAAUACAAUUGUCAAUUAAACCCCAUGGUGGUAGAGGUAGUAAAAGUAUAAACAGUAAUCCGAAAGAUUAGGGUUU